AUGCUCUUCUUUGACAUCCUCCCCCAGACCACCUUUUUUGGGGUAAUCUUGGCCUUAGUAGUCGUGUGGUGCAUCCAGACCGCUGUCUACCGCCUCUACUUUUCUCCAAUUGCUCACUUUCCGGGCCCAAAGCUUGCGGCAUUCACGCUCUGGUACGAGUUCUACUAUGAUGCCUGGCUCGGUGGGCAAUAUGUCUUUAAAAUACAUAGGUUGCAUGCGCAAUACGGCCCCAUCAUUCGAAUAAACCCCUACGAGCUUCACAUCGACACCCCAGAAUUCUACGAUGAACUAUACGCCGGGUCGAGCAAGAAGCGUGAUAAGUACAGAUGGCACAAUAAAUGGGCUGCAAAUGAUUCAUCGGCAUGGGGAUCGAUUGACCACGAUAUUCACAGGAUGCGCCGUGGAGUGAUAAAUCUGUUCUUCUCUAAAGCCAGCGUUAGACGUCUCCAGCCAGUCAUUCAAGAGCGUGUAGACCAGCUAUUGUCGCGGAUCAAAGGUUUUAAAGUCUCGGGGAAACGACUGACUAUAUCUCUGGCUUAUGUCGCACUAUCAAGUGAUGUCAUCGCCGACUACUCUUUCGGGCGAAGACCUCAGCGCCUCGAGCAAGAAGAUUUUGACCCAGCAUACGCCCAGGCAAUGCACGAACAAGCUGCCACUAUGCACUUCAAUAAUCAGAUAUACUGGCCCUUUCAACUCCUCACUUCACUUCCACAUUGGCUAGCCCUUGCAAUUGCACCGAACAUCUCCUUGUAUAUCGAUUUCGUACUUGACUGUGCAAAAUCCAUCGAGGCGAUAAAGAAUGGCUCUUGCGAUCUUUCCACGAAGACAAGUCAUCCUACCCUCUUCCAGGAAUUACUCGAGGGCGACGUCCCGGACAGCGAAAAGAGCAUUGAUCGACUUGUACAGGAGGCACAAGUUGUUGUUUCAGCAGGUACUGAGACAACUGCUUGGUGUCUUUCAGUCAUCACGUUCUAUAUAUUAACGAAUCCCACGAUUUUAGAAAGGUUGAGGGUAGAACUCGAAGAAGCGAUUCCUGAUCCGGAUAAACCGGUGCCGGUGGAGAACAUUGAGCAGCUUCCAUACCUGACUGCGUGUAUCCAAGAGGGUUUGCGGCUUUCAUAUGGCCUUAGUACCAGGCUACCGAGAGUCUCGCCAGUUGAUGUUAUGGUGUUCAAUGAUGGGAAGAAGGACUGGCAUAUUCCACCAGGAACCCCAACAAGCAUGACCUCAUAUCUAAUACACCACAACGAAUCAAUCUUCCCAAAGUCCCACGAAUACAUUCCGCAGCGCUGGAUCGACGACCCCCGCCUUGACAAGUACCUGAUUUCCUUUUCCAAGGGAACUCGGCAGUGUGCGGGCAUCAACCUCGCAUACGCCGAGCUCUAUACUACACUGGCCAAUAUCUUCCGGCGUUAUGGAGGGCCUGAAAGUACGGGGCCAGAGGGAAGCCUUGAGCUGUUUGAGACGAUGAAACAAGACGUAGAGAUGGUGGCGGAUAUGUUUAUCCCCUUUGUGAAGAGGGGAUCGAAAGGCAUUCAGGUGUUUGUGAAGUAG